CGGCUCGCGGCCCGCCGAUUGGCCGCGCGGCCCGCCGAGGGGGCGGGCGCUGCGGCAGCGCGGCCGCUGAUUGGUUAGUCGGCGGGGAGAGGCGGGGAGGGGAGGAGGGGGAGGCGGGGCUCGGGCUUCGCACCGCCUUCCGAUUGGCGGCGCGGAGGCGGGGAGGAGGGCGGCGAUUGGGCGAGGCCGCCGAGGGGGCGGGGCGGCGGGGCGGGAAGCAGCGCGGGGCCGCCGCCGCAGCCACUCCGCUCCCCGGCCCGAUGCCGGCGGGCGGCGAGGAGGGGACCCCCGGGCACGGCCCGCCAGCCGCACCCCCCGGCCGCCGCCGCCCCGCGCCCGCCGCCGAGCCCGGCGAGGACUCCGGGGGCAGCCGCGUGCUGCGGGGCGGCCGCGAGCGGGGCCGAGCCGCCGCCGCUUCGGCUUCGGGGGCAGCCGCCGCCUCCCGCCGCCGUAAGGCCGAGUAUCCCCGGCGCCGCCGCAGCAGCCCCGGCGCCCGAGGAGCAGCCGCCGCCGCCGAGCAGCCCGCCGCCGAGCCGCCGCCUGCAGCCAGGAAGGGCGCCCCCCGCCUCGGGUGCACGGAUAAAGCAGCUGGUAAAGAUCCCAAAGAAGAGAAGGAAGAGGAGGAGGUUUCCAGCCUCCUCAGCCAUGACUCUGCUGCCAGCACAGCCCGGCCCAGCAGAAGCUGGCGCAGCAGCAGGUCGGCCGCCGCGGCCCGCCAGCGUGACACCGAGAACUCGCGUGCCUCCAGGUCCAAGACCGGCUCCCUGCAGCUCGUCUGCAAGUCAGAACCAAACGUGGACCAGCUCGAGUACGAGGUCACAGAAGAGCAUCAGUCUCCAGCUGGAAUCAGCAGCGAUGAUGAGGAAGAGAUCCUUGUCAGCGAGGAAGAAGUUCCCUUCAAAGACGAUCCAAGAGAUGAAACCUACAAGCCCCAUCUAGAAAAGGAAACCCCAAAGCAAAGGAGAAAAGCUGGCAAGGCAAAAGAGGAAAAAGAGAAGCAGAAAGAGAUUAAAGUAGAGGUAAAAGAAGAGAGUGAGUUUCAUGAAGAUGAAGAGCCACCAAGGAAGAGGGGAAGGAGAAGAAAGGAUGACAAGAGCCCGAGGUUGCCCAAGAGAAGGAAGAAGCCCCCGAUACAGUACGUCCGCUGUGAGAUGGAAGGCUGCGGCACUGUCCUGGCUCACCCGCGUUACCUGCAGCAUCACAUCAAGUACCAGCACUUGCUGAAGAAAAAAUACGUGUGUCCCCAUCCCUCUUGCGGUCGGCUCUUCCGCCUCCAGAAGCAGCUCCUGCGGCAUGCCAAACACCACACAGAUCAAAGGGAUUACAUCUGCGAGUACUGUGCCCGGGCGUUUAAGAGUUCUCAUAACUUGGCGGUGCACCGGAUGAUCCAUACAGGCGAGAAGCCCUUGCAGUGUGAGAUCUGUGGGUUCACCUGCCGGCAGAAGGCCUCCCUGAACUGGCACAUGAAGAAGCACGACGCCGACUCCUUCUACCAGUUCUCCUGCAACAUUUGCGGCAAGAAAUUCGAGAAGAAGGACAGCGUUGUGGCCCACAAAGCCAAGAGCCACCCCGAAGUGCUUAUCGCUGAAGCACUGGCUGCCAACGCAGGUGCCCUGAUCACCAGCACUGACAUCCUGGGCACUAACCCCGAGGCCAUCGCGCCGCCCACCGAUGGCCAGGGCCUCCCCCUUCUUCCCGACCCCCUGGGAAGCGCUGCCCCGGCGGAUUGCCUGCUGCUGAACCCCGACGGGAUGCCCAAGACGUAUUGCGGUGGGGCGGAGCGCGUGAGCCUGGUGGCUGACGGCAAGCUCUUCGUGGGCAGCGGCAGCAGCGCAAACCCAGAAGGGCUGGUCAUGAACACAGAGAUCCUGGGAGCCACCACGGAGGUGCUCAUCGAAGAUUCAGACUCCACUGGACCCUAGUGGGCGGGGAGCACGUGGGUGCUGGGACAGCUCGGACUCUGUAUUUAAAAGGAAAAACAAUGGAGACGCGUAUUGAAAGAGAAAAGCAAAACUUAAAAUACUAGUAAAUAACCGAAGGGUCUGCUCUCCUCCGGCGUGGAUCACGGCACGUCCUCUUUCUCCCAACCACUUCUGUCUUGUCACUGCUCCUUUGUAGGAAAGGGGCACAUGCUGCCGUUACCAGAGCAAGUUGGACCGAGCGACGGAUUUCUCCGAGGGAGGGGGAAUGGCCGAAACCCUUCGCUCUGCCCCAAAGCAGAUGCCUUUCUUGACGUGGCCCCACUUGGAAACUAGAAAGCAUUUUGAUGCGCUCUGGACGAGUUUCUUAGGACUCCCUUCCGCCCCGUGGUCCCAACUUCUAUGCAUCACUGCACUCUGGUCCUUGCAGUCUCGUUCUUCUUCCUGGGGCUGGGAGGUUGGCUUGGCACUUUAGGCCCCCUCGGCAGGGUGAGCUGUGGAGGAGCACGCGUCCCCGGCCUCACCGCACUCCUCUGCUCUGUCUCUGGCAGGAAGUUGAGGGAACGCCCUGGCUCGUAGAUCAUGUUUGCUUGGAGAGGCCCCGGGGGCUACGGGAGCCCUGCGUGGGAGAGGCAAGGAGGAGCAUCCCAGUUUGACGACAGUAAUUUGCACUUUGAACAUGUUUCGUUUUUGUGUUGUGGUAACGAGAUUCCUUAUUUAUUGAUUAAAAAGGGUCGGUAUUUUUUAGUUCUGUUCUCGGUGGGUGGGGGUGGAAGGGGUUCGGGCUGUUUCCCAGGAGGCUCCUUCACGCUAGGGAGUCGCAGGGAGCAUGCCGUGCCAUCCUGACAGCCGCUGGGAGGAGAGCUGAGGGAAGGCAGUGUUCGGGAGUCAGAUCUCUCUCGUAGCUUUUCCAGAGUAGAGGGAGAGCCCCCGGAGAAGAGCCUGUUUGCAGUGGGAGUCUUUGCGGCAGCGUUUUAGCAGGAGGAUGAGGUGAGUGCUGGAACAGCUGGCUCUUGUCUCCUUCCCUCCCAGCUCCUCGCAUUAAGUGCUCUUUCUGCGUCCCCUGACUCCGUAGCCUCACAGGGAAGGACAUCGUUAGCCAGGAACUUGUUCUCGUGACUUAGGGCUGUUGUGAGCCGCUUGCUGGUGGGGGAUGCCGUGCUCCUCAUCCACCUCUGCCUCUCCUUUCCGGGUCUAGACAAAAGAUACAGAAGCAGAGACCGGGUACGGUCGUCUCAGGUGAAUUUAUCCAAGGCAGUAGGCUGAGGGAGGAGGAAGGGGCCGUCGGCUCGCUCCCUGCCUCCAUUCUGGGGAGCGUUGUGCAGCUGUGUGCUCAAAGCUCCUCGCUUUGGCACAAAACGCCCCUGCUUUCCAUGGAGCCUUGUAGUUUGAGUGUCGCCUGCUGGCGUAGCUGGGACAGACCUGAACCCUCGGAGAGGCUCGCAUAGGAUGUGACGCGCCUGGUAUUUAGACUCGGAUCUUUUUUGCUCUGUUCUCUGAAACUGUGUGUGGAGACUCAGUGGCCUUGAUUUCUUAGUGUUUUUUUGGAAGAGGUGAAAAAUAACCUGGGCUUUUUGUUUGUUUACUUGUUUUCUUUUCUUUUGGUUGGGUUUAUGUGCUUGGAACAGAGCCCAAGUGUUUUGUCCAAGCGCACGGUCAGCAAAAUCGGUCUGUAACAGCAGCCAGGCAAAAUCGGGUAUCUGGGGUCUGGAGAACAGCAAUAAAAUGUGGAAUUCAAUUGGAAACUUUUACAGGAAACUGACUCUAAACACCCACUCUGUCCCCUGUGCUGCCUGGAAAUCCAGCUGUGGCCCGAGUCUGACAGCUUUUAUGGGGUCACUUGUCCUGAUUUCCCCUUUCCCUUCCCCACUGACGUUGAAGUCUGUGCCUGAACAAGCCAAAACGCUUCUGGUGGUGGGGUGCUUUGUGCUCGGGCAGUUUGCAACCCCGGCGUCUUGGUGUGAGCAUCCCCUGUUCCUUGAGCGUGGCUCCCGUGCUUCUCCUGGGGGUAGGCAGGAGGGCUGCAGCACCCCUGGGCAGGCGUCUCCUGGAACACCACGCACGACAGGCACGCAGUGGGGUGGUGGUGAAGCACACAAACCAGUUUCCUUAGUUGGGGUGAUACAACCUGUUGCUUGGAUCAAUUUAUUGUGAUUUCCAGGGGGGAGUUUUAGGGUGGCCAGCUGGUUUUCCCCCUACCCGCACCCCUCCCUAACUCAAGGGGCACCGCACAGCACGAAGAGGAUCAGACCCAACCCUGAUGGUUUCACCCACUGGCAGCGAGGGUCUCCUGCCCAGGGCAGUGGGUGUGAAUUGGGGGCAAACACCUCUCCUGCCUUGGAUCCCACUGCCCAUAGGGGAUGUGCCAGUGUAGUAGGGGUUGGCUAUUUUCCCCCAGGUUGCUGCAGCCCCUCUGCUGCUUUUCAUGCCCUGCCACCGCCCCCGCGAGAGGUGCGGGGCAGGCAGAGCCUUGCACAGAACACUAAACUAAAGGGAGAGCUUGGGGUUUUGUUCUCCGAGAUCGACACUAAACUGCUUCUGGGCCACCAGCUCGCUCCCUACCGGUGCUGCAACACUCAGCACCUGGCUGGGAGGCGAGGGAGCCUGCCUCGUCCUGCGCCUGCCCCUGCUGCCCCGAGCAGAGCAGUGCAGUUGUCAGCGGCUGCGGGAUCAAGCAGCUUGCUCGCCUCCCACCUCAUUCCUGGCCUUGAGACCUCUGAUCCCUGCCUCGCCCUCCCGUGCGCCCCCUCAUAGCUUCCCUUUUUCUUUUUCUGGUCUCGGCGGGUUGCCUGUCUGUCCUCUAACCACAGCCUGCUCGCCCUGCUGCAGGAGAGACUGGUGUAACUCCUUCCCUCUCCCCUUCCAUGCCCUACAACUGACACAGCCCUCCUGCUGCCCCUUCCCUCGGCGUCUCUCCUUCACUCGCAUGCAGUUUGCUUCAAUAAAUUAUUGUAGUAGUUUGCAAUAAACAUUUUUUUGUAUUUUC